AGAACCGGGAAAUAAUGCUUAUAUUAUUAUCCGGGUAUAUUUUUUUGAGUUUCCGAUAGAAAUAAACAUUAAUAAGUUGAGCUAAUAGCAUUUGAUAGUUGUUUUUUGUUGUUCUAAUACCGUUUGUUUUUCCGAGGUCAGUAGGAAUAUAAACUCGAGGACUCGUGAAUAAGUAAACAAACAGUGUUUUAGGCAGAACAAACUACCUGUUUGACGCGAUGAAAAUCAUUAAAAGGAAUAAUCAAUUAUUUCAUAGAAAAAAUGAAACAAUAAUCACAUGUUCUACAGCGAAUUAUGCGGCCAAGGAAGUCAUCUACGACCUAACGUCUUCGUCCAAGCUCAAGUCGUCAGAGGUUGUAUUAACUUUCGAAUUUGAUUCUCCAAUAUUUUUCCAAGAAUCUGAGUUGAAUGGACUGAUACACUUAGCUGUUAAGCCAAAGGAGCGACCGAUUGGACUAAUACGAAUUGAAACUCAGAUUCUCGGGAUCAGCCAGUGUAAACAGGGACAUCCAACAGUAUUUUACUGUACAGGAAAGAACAUAAUGGAUCGAAAGUUUACUGUUCCAAACGAAUUGGCAGAACACUCAAGGAACACAACAGGAGAUUAUUUGAUUGAUAUUCAGCAUACUCAAGGUAUACCAGUAGCUUUUCAAAUGGAACUUUACGGGCAAGUGGGACCUGGAAGACAAUCCACACCACAGUUCAAUAUAAACUAUUAUAUUUUUGCCAAUGCGAUUUACCAAUAUGGGGAUAAAGUAAAAAAGGUAAGAGAAUGUCAAGAAAUCAACGUCCUUCCUAGGGUUCUUUCAUCUACUUUCUUGUUAUCACCGCCAUUAAUGUGUGUCAGUAAACCAAGAACAAAACUUGGAUUAUGCAAGCAUAAUACUGCCAAUGGGAUAACAGUCAGACUUCCAAGAUCUGAAUGGCUCGGAGGAGAACGGAUUAAUGCGAAUAUUAAAGUGGAAAAUUAUGGUGAUUACGAAAUCAAAUAUGUGAACCUUUCCCUCUUCAAACGCAUUACCAUAUUUCGAGGACCGCUAGGUAAAAGAUACCAACCAGAUGCAUUGUCGCGAGCAAAAAAACGUAAUUCUAUUCGUAAAGAAACUUGGAUUUGUGUACAAAAGGAAGUGAUUAAUGAGAGAAGGAAGAAUAACUACUAUAACUGGAAAGGAAUCGAUACUUUGGGUACACAUACAAUGGAAUGUCAAAUUCGGAUUCCGGACAGAGAAGCGACAAUAAACGUUGGAUCUGACUUUCAGGUAGAAUACAUAUUACAAAUUUCAAUUGGAUCCAGAUUAAGGACAUUUAAUUGCGUAAAGAUGCCGCUUCAAAUUCUUCCUGCGUACGCUUUGCCAAUGGAACGAGAGGCAAGCUUUGUGGACGCAGCAUUAUACGAUUCGGGAGAUAAUUCUAUUGUACUAUCACCAAACUCCUCGAGGGGAUUUCACCGAAUGUCCUAUGAGGCACACCCGACGGCAGAGCAUGUGAGUGCAAAUAGUUAUGUCUUUCUCGGUUAAAAAAGGAGCGAAUUUUAGAAAAGUUCAACAGUAUUUUAAUAUAGGACAAUAAUCAUCGUAAACUAAUUAGAUGAUUUAGUGCGGUUUUUCACAAACUCCAGUAACGGAUCAUUCAUCUUUAUAAGUGAGAUUCCAGCAUCGUGAAAUUCACGCAAGGUCUUUUGGCCGCUUUCUUCUGUAGACAUACAGAUGCCAUCUUCAAUAACAUAUGUUCGAUAAUGCUCCUUCGCAUGAAGAGCUGUAUCACGAACACAAACGUCACCGGCAACGCCGACAACAAAAAUGUCGGUAAUAUUACGUUCGUCUAGCAUUUUCUUCAGGCCAUUGUCUCUACCAAUAGCAUCGUAAAAUCCAGAAUAGGACUCUACGAGGGUAUCCGUUCCUUUAGGAAGGAUGAAAUCAACUUUAUCCAUUCGUAGGUCUGGAUGAAACUCGGCACCUGCAGUACCAUUCACACAAUGGCUUAGCCAAAGUUGUUGUUUAUAUGUUUUUCCAUGGGCAUUAAUUUCAAUAACAGUCCCUUUGGGCUUCACAGAAGGCCCAUGAGAAGUCCGAAACGAUGCGUGGUCAGCAGGAUGCAAAUCCUUUGUUGCAACAGUAUAGUCCCAUUUGAAAUUAUCGCUCAAGAGUUCGUUAAUGUUAGGAAUAAUAGAAGUAGCACCGGGAAGAUGGCCUGCAAAUUCUGGUGUUACAAAAUCGUUUUGCAUGUCUACAAUGAUGAGAGCAGGAUUGAAAUCCAUCUUAUUAUAUCAAUGACUU